AUGUCAGCGUAUGAAUAUAUGGCAGAAAUCCAGAAGCACAAACAGUCAGAUGUUAUGAGAUAUCUGCUGAGAAUAAGAUGCUGGGAGUACAGACAGAGACAUGUUGUGCACCGAGCAGAAAGGUCCACAUGCCCAGACAAGGCCCGGAGACUGGGAUACGUCAAGAAGGCAGGUAUAGUCAUAUACAGAGUGCGAAUCCGAAGGGGAGGCCGAAGAAGACUUGCAAAGAAGGGUAAGGUCAACGGAAAGCCCGUGAACCACGGUAUCUUCCAGCAGAAGCAGAAGAAGAGUCUGCACGCGCUUGCAGAAAUCAAAGUCGGAAGAAAGCUGGGCAGUUUGAGAGUUCUCAACUCAUACUGGGUCGGGCAGGACGCCACGUUCAAGCACUACGAGGUGAUCCUUAUUGACCCAACCGUCAAGAACAUCAGAACCGACAGCAGACUAAACUGGCUGUGCAGCAACAAGCAGAAGCACAGAGAGUGCAGAGGGCUCACCGGUGCCACUAAGAAGAGCAGAGGCAUUGGAAGAGGAAACAGAUUCAACAAGACCAUUGGAGGAUCCAGAAAGGCCUGCUGGAGAAGAAAUAACACAGUUUCCCUUCUUAGAUACAGAUAA